GGGGUAUGACGUCAGAGGAGGCUGCGACGGUAUAUAGGAGAUGCGCCGACGCAUCUGACGGUUGUAUAUUAGUAUAUUUGAAUAGUGUGAGCGCCAAGUUUAUUGUGGACGUUGAACGAAAGAAAAUGCUACGCUUUACGAUAUUAGCUGCAGUGGUGGUGUUCGCCUCAGGCGCGCCCCAGUCCAACUUUAUUUUCAAGAACGACAUCACUCCUGAGGAAGCCCAGCAGUACCUCAAACAAUUGCCGUUCACUUCACCUCAGCUCUCUCAACGUACCGCUGUUCUACCACUGGUUCGUUACGAUGACCCUAGGUUUCGUUCAGCUGAAGCUGGCCCAACCCUCGGCCACUACUGGAAGAAUGGAAAGGAGAUCGAGAACACAGACGAUUACGUAGAAGAGGUUUACAACGCAGCUCAGUACCACGGACAGGACGGUCUUGGUCAAUACGCCUACGGUUACGAGACGCCUGAAUCCUCCAAGGUUGAGAACCGUGAAGGUUCCGGAGUCGUCAGUGGCUCCUACGAAUACAAAGUCCCCGGAAUGAAGGACCUCGUCAAGGUCCGCUAUUGGGCUGACAGCGAAGGUUUCCACCAGGAAGACAAUCUUCCCAAGGUCGAGCUGAAGCCCGCUGAAGAGACCCCAGAGCUUAGAGAAGCACGUCUUGCUUUCGAGAAGGCAUGGAAAGAGGCAGCUGAGGCCAACUCUCACCAACCCACCGUCCAGCCAGGAUACUACCAGAACCAACCCCAAUUAUACGGAAACUACGCGCAAGCCUCAGAACCUGACGCGGUUGUGGUCGCCGCUCCCGAGGCGAGCCAAGCUCGUGAUGGCAAAGCCUUGGCAUAUGCCCAGGCACAGACUUACCAACAGAACCAGCAAUACGCACAACAGAAAUACGGACAGCAGGAACAGCAAGUUGGUCCUGAUGGCAAGCUCGAAGAGCCUGAACCUACCGGUCCCCCUCACGGUUUCUUCUACAGCUUCACCUACCCCGUCUCCAUCAUCGUCCCCAAGAAGGACUUAGAAGCAUCCAACUAUCCAGUUGACAACGACACCGUCGGAGUCGGCCGCCCUUAAAUAACUAAACUACUUGAAUUUUUUGGAACAAUUUCCAAUUAGUUUUGCAAAGAUGUCUAGUUAUUAGUAAACCCAUAGAAAGUUUUGACUAUUUAUUGUGAUCAAAUGUUUAACUUUAAUACGAGAAUGUCUAAAGUACCUGCUUCACCUUUAUAUCACUGUUUUGAUUCAUUGUUCAUUUGAAACUAUAAGUUGUCAUAAACUUUCUAAGCGUUCGAUAGUUCUUUGGUUUCGCCCAUUGUUAGUUCAGUAGGUUGAAACCAAAAUGGUCAUCAUGAUAUUUAUAGUUUUAUGAGUCCCUUAGUUAGCCGAUAGUCUAAUGAGGCAGUUUGUAUGACACUAGUAACCUAAUUACGGGCGUACUAAAUGUUUUGUCAUUAGAUUAUCGACCUGUACUACAUACGUUGCCAUUUUAGGAGCGAAAUGAUCGCUUUGCCUUAUAUAUCCUAAGUAGCAUUAUUGAAAGUGGAAUUUUGAUUUCAAUCUGUCUUUUCUAAUGUGUUUAUGUUUUUUAUUAUUAUUUUUGCUACUUUGGAUUUAUUGUCUUCAAUAGGCAUGAUUGGAGUUUGACGGUGUAACCUGUUCAAUAACAGAAUUGAGGUUGUUAGUUUAUAAAAUUCCGGUUCAAUCUGGUUAGAUUCUUGAACUCAAUCAUGUUAUACGUUAAGUUUUGUUACCAUAACGUCUAGGUAUAUUGUAAAAUAUAUGUAUUUUAUUUAAGGCCUCAGUUAAUGAUAGCAAUUUGUAAAUUUAUUAUUUUAUAUAAUAAUAAAGCAUUUUGCAUAAA